GUCCGCGGCCUCGCUCCCUGACUUCCGGGUCGCGGUGCUAGCAGGCAGAGUUCCGUCGUUUCCGUUGCCGGCUGUUUGCAGUGGGGAAACCGAGGCAGCUCCUGCUCCCCCUAGUUCUUCCGCUCCUGUGAGGAAAAAAAAAUGUUUAUUUCUUUGUGGGAGUUCUUCUAUGGGCACUUUUUCCGAUUUUGGAUGAAAUGGCUAUUACGACAGAUGACUGGGAAGUGUGAAUUGCAGCGAAUAUUUGAUACCUAUGUAGGUGCACAAAGGACACACAGGAUAGAAAAUUCCUUGACAUACUCCAAGAAUAAGGUUUUACAGAAGGCGACACGUGUUGUUCAGAGUGAAGUGGACAAAUGUGUAGACGAUAUUAUGAAGGAAAAGAAUAUUAACCCUGAGAAGGAUGCCAGUUUUAAAAUCUGCAUGAAGAUGUGCUUACUUCAGAUAACUGGUUAUAAACAGCUCUAUUUGGAUGUAGAAAGUGUGAGGAAAAGGCCAUAUGAUUCUGAUAACCUACAACAUGAAGAGCUACUCAUGAAGCUUUGGAAUCUUCUAAUGCCCACGAAGAAGUUAAAUGCUAGAAUCUCCAAGCAGUGGGCUGAAAUUGGUUUCCAGGGUGAUGAUCCCAAGACAGACUUCCGAGGCAUGGGCAUACUUGGAUUAAUCAAUCUUGUGUAUUUCAGUGAAAAUUACACUAGUGAAGCUCAUCAGAUUCUUUCCCGUUCAAAUCAUCCAAAACUAGGGUAUUCUUAUGCAAUAGUUGGAAUCAAUCUUACAGAGAUGGCUUAUAGCUUACUGAAGAGUGAAGCUUUGAAGUUUCAUCUCUAUAACUUUGUUCCUGGUAUACCAACAAUGGAACACUUUCAUCAGUUUUAUUGUUAUCUUGUCUAUGAAUUUGACAAGUUUUGGUUUGAAGAAGAACCAGAAAGCAUUAUGUAUUUCAACUUGUAUAGAGAGAAGUUUCAUGAAAAGAUUAAAGGACUUCUACUGGAUUGUAAUGUAGCACUUACUUUAAAAGUAUAAAUCAUCCACUGUAUCUUCUAUUUCUACCACAUUUUGCACAUUCAACAGAAUUUAUAUGUUGUAAUAGGAAUUAUCUGAUCAAUUACACUCUUAUAUAUAAUUUCCUACAAAAAUAUUUCAGAAAUUCUAUUUAAGAAAGCUAGUGGACAAUCAGUGUAUGUUUACAAUUGUUUAUACACUGUUCUCCAAAGGUACCUUAUCCUUCCAAAGAUCCCCUCUGUAGAGUCAUGCGAGCUACAGUUUGGAACUUGGGACUUAGCCCGUUGGUGUAAAAGUAUAAAUCAGGUAUUUGUAUUAAAUUGGUUGAUUAAAAUGUGUAAAAUCAAUUUUCAUUUUUAUGUGUUGUGGGAUCAAGUUGGUAUCUUUUUUCAAAGCUCUUUAAGGUUUUUUUUUUGGUUUUUAGUUUGGAAAUGGCUGUUUUUAAUUUUGUCUGAUUUUUAUUUCUAGGGUAAUUAACAGGAAGAGUGUUUCUUUAUGAUUUUCUUUGUUUGCAUCUUAAUUACAUGUCAUAAUGUUGCUUCAUUAGUAGCAAACAGAGUAGAGAUACGGCAGAGAGAAUAAAGAAUUAUAGCCUCCUUUUGGGUUUCUGUGAUUAUUGAGCAUAACUGAUGAGAGAAUGACAGUAUUGGUGACUAGCUUUUUUGUUUUUAAAUAACACACUUUAAAAUGCCACAGUGUUAUUUGAAAGCUUAAAGGCAUUUUCUCAUCUUCAGUAUUUGCUUUUUAUCAGUUGUAGAAAAGAACCUUAAUGUUUUCUUCUCUAGCUAUGUAUGUUUAUGAAACUGCUUUACUUGUGUAUGAAAGAUCUCCACCUAUGUAUGUUUAUGAAAAGAGAUGUAUUUGCCAAGAAAAUCUUGAUUAUAUAAAAAACAAAAAGAUUAUAAAAGACAGUUUUUAUUUAAAUAAAACUGUCUUUGAAACUUAAGAAAGUUUGUUUUAAAAAAAAUCUCAGUUAAACAUCAUUGGUUUAUUUGACUUACUGUUAACUCUUGCUUCUCUUUGACUCCAUGGUGUUUUUAGAUAACGAUGUAUGAACUUUAUGUUAACGGUUUGUGGGAUACUAAAAUAACUUGAAGAUGACAUGAUGACUGUGCAUUUUAUAUAGUUUUAUUCUCCUAAAAUCUCAGGAGGGCAGCAAGUGCUGUCAAGGAUUAUAUAGUGAUGAGAUUCUUAUGGGAAUGAUUUCUUCUUGGUGUGUUUUACACAUUUGUACUGAUAGCAAAACUAAAGUUUAAAGCAGGAAAGUUUAAGUUCUCCUUAAAUCCUACAGAAACCAACCUUUUGAAGACAUAAUUUCAUCUAAAACAUGAUGAUAUUUAGCACACCUUUUAAUGUGGGUGUAUAUCAAGUGUUUAAGGACUGGCUCGUAUAUAAUAGAGCAAGACUAGAGACUUUUUAAGUAUUUGCUCAUGUCUGUUGACCUUUCUCUUUCAAACUUGUUAAAGAGAAGAGUGGUAAGACAUAUCCAAUUGGAAAAUAAGACGCAGUGUUGUAUAGCACAUACAUUUAAAGUGCAUGCGUUAAAAUUAGUUUCUCAAUAAGAUAAAAUUAUUUUAAAAUUUUAGUUCCUUUUAUUACAAUAGUGGCAAUUUAGCUUUUCAGUAUUACAGGAAUUUAAAAAUUGGUUUCUUGUAGGGGACAUCUCAACUUUGGGAAUGUCUUCACUUAAUUUUUAAAAAAUAUUUUCAUGCUUUAUUGUCCAGCUAUAUGAUACAUCGCAAAAUCCUGACAAGUUCAUUGUAUUAAGGUAUUAACUAUUACAUGGAAAGCAAUUCUGUUCAUCUUUUGAUGUUUGUGCUGAAAAUGCUUAUCUUUGUAUUUUGAUCCUCCAACAGCAGAGAACUUGAACUGAUUUAAGCCUUUGUCAGUAUACUUAAGAAUGCUUUAAGUAUGCAAGGGGAAAAUUUUAAGUAAUUAAGUUUUUUCCCUUCUAGGAAGAAAAACUAUGAUGAUGUUAAGAAAAUGUCGGUAUAAAGUUUGCUCAAUAAUAUGUUCUUUAAAUCCACCUCCAUAUGUACGUUAUAAGUAUCAUUCUAUUUUUGCUUAAAAUAAUCUGCAUCCAUUUCAGAUAGUUUUACAGCAAAUUGAUCUAAAAGCCACUAUUAAAUUCUAGGUUUGAGUCUAGAAGCCAAGCAAAAUGUCACCAAUGUCAGUUGUAAAUUAGAAUGCAACAUGGGCCUUCAGACUCUUGAUAGUGAUAUACAUGAAAACAGAAAUAUAAUUGUGUCUACCUUCCUACUUUCCCUUUUGACAUAUGUAGUUGGAAUUUUAUGUAGUCUUAAAAUCCAUAUUUAGAAUCUUACCUAUUUCUAUAAUGUUUAGUAAAAUGCCAAAGUAGUGAUAGAAUAUUGUGGUAUUGAAAUAGCCAAAAAAUUAUGUUAGU